GCCAUUAAGAGUUUCUGCCCCGUUGUUAUAAUCAUUUUUCUACGAAGAUUUUGCAGGAUACAGCAACGAUGAGUCAACCCGGUGGCAGACCCGUAGCCGCCAUCGCCGAAGAUUCGGAUUCAGACUUGGACUCUCAAUUUCCUUGCCAUGGUUGCGUUGAGAUGACAUACGGCUUGGAGAUAAAAACAAACAGCAUAUCUCACUUCGGAUAUAAUCUGCGUUCUGCAAUCACUAACUGUGAAAUAAUGGUAAUAGAUUAUAAUAAAAGGCGACGAGAGCGCAGCCCAGAGGCAGGCCCAAGUCAUCCCAUGGCGCAACUUGAUGCUUCGAGCAGCAGCAACGUCGAAACCGCAACCAGCAAGGAAGUCGAUAUAUUCUCAGAGCACAACGAAGAGCUAGCUGACUAUAUACGACAGAUGAACUACCGUCGCACCAGGAACAGCGAGAAGCAAACAAUUGGGUCAUGGCUCAUAAUUUCUUAUGUUAAUGGAGGUUGGGACUACAACACCGUGAGGAAUUAUCUUUUGGAGGAAUUCGGAGUAACUUGUAUGCGAAGUAGAAAUAUCCCAGAAGCACUUGUGACUGACAAGAAGUUCAAAGCUAUUAUUAAAUUUGAUACAAGCGAACAACUAAACCAAGUAGUUAUGCGCUUGAGAAACAGCCAAAUUCAUGAUAAUUUUUUAUUUUUAUCAUUCGAAAAAUUGCCUAUCUCAUACGACGUGUCCGAUUCUGAUUCCGACGGUUCGAGGUCUGGCUUCCUGAUCCCGGUGUCAAACGAAUUACAAUUUUAAUUUGAAUACUUAAUCGAAAUUGGACGUAAUCUUCAUAUUAAAUAUUAAAAUGUAUAUUAUAUCAAACCUAGAAUAAUAAAUAUAAUAUCUAAAAAAAAGGACGACUGCGUAUUAAAAAUAAACAAAAACUUGUUGAUCAACUACUUUAAUUGAUAAUUGCAAGAAGUAAAAUUGUGUAGGUACAAAUUAAGGGACUUCUUUUUCUA